AUGAAGGUUGUCCCAGAGAAGAAUGCUGUCCGGAUACUAUGGGGGCGAGAACGGGGCGCUCGGGCUUUGGGAGCUCAGCGGCUUCUGCAGGAGCUGGUGGAAGAUAAAACCCGAUGGAUGAAAUGGGAGGGCAAGAGAGUGGAACUUCCAGAUAGCCCACGGUCUACCUUCUUAUUGGCCUUCAGCCCUGACAGGACUCUCCUGGCUUCCACGCAUGUGAACCAUAACAUCUAUAUUACGGAAGUGAAGACGGGCAAGUGUGUUCACUCACUGAUUGGGCACCGCCGCACACCGUGGUGUGUUACUUUUCAUCCCACCAUCUCAGGACUUAUUGCUUCUGGCUGCCUUGAUGGGGAGGUUAGAAUUUGGGAUUUACAUGGUGGCAGUGAGAGCUGGUUCACAGACAGCAACAACGCGAUUGCCUCUCUGGCUUUCCACCCUACGGCUCAGCUCCUACUGAUUGCCACUGCCAAUGAGAUCCACUUCUGGGAUUGGAGUCGUCGGGAGCCCUUUGCUGUGGUGAAGACGGCUAGUGAGAUGGAAAGGGUCCGUCUGGUGAGAUUUGAUCCCCUUGGACACUACUUACUCACAGCAAUUGUUAACCCCUCUAAUCAACAGGGUGAUGAGGAACCCGAGAUCCCCAUAGAUGGGACGGAAUUAUCCCAUUACCGCCAGCGCGCCCUCCUGCAAUCACAGCCAGUUCGUCGGACACCUCUCCUCCAUAAUUUCCUGCACAUGCUGUCCUCCCGCUCCUCUGGCAUCCAGGUGGGAGAGCAAAGCACGGUGCAAGAUUCUGCUACCCCCUCACCCCCACCGCCUCCCCCUCAGUCCACAAUGGAGCGUCCCAGGACUUCCGCUUACAUCAGGCUCCGACAGCGGGUCAGUUACCCCACAGCUGAGUGCUGCCAGCACCUUGGGAUCCUGUGCCUUUGUAGCCGCUGCUCUGGCACUCGAGGUCCUUCCCUCUUGCCACACCAGGACAGUGUUCCCCCUGCUUCUGCCAGAGCUACUACCCCUUCCUUUUCUUUUGUACAGACCGAGCCCUUCCAUCCCCCGGAGCAGGCCUCGUCAGCGCAGCAGGACCAGGGCCUCCUGAACCGGCCGUCUGCCUUCAGUACAGUCCAGAGCAGCACCGCCGGCAACACGCUCCGCAACCUCAGUCUGGGUCCCACCCGGCGCUCUUUGGGAGGCUCUCUGUCUAGCCACCCUUCUAGGUAUCACCGAGAACUAGCUCCCGGGCUGACAGGAUCUGAGUGGACACGAACAGUACUCAGUCUGAACUCCCGUUCUGAAGCUGAGUCCAUGCCCCCGCCUAGAACCAGUGCCUCUUCAGUGAGUUUGCUGUCUGUGCUGAGACAGCAGGAAGGUGGCUCUCAGGCAUCUGUGUACACUUCAGCCACAGAAGGGAGGGGUUUUCCAGCUUCUGGGUUGGCAACUGAGUCAGAUGGAGGCAAUGGUUCCAGCCAAAACAACUCAGGCAGCAUUCGCCAUGAACUUCAAUGUGACCUGAGACGCUUCUUCCUGGAAUAUGACCGACUUCAGGAGCUGGACCAGAGCCUGAGUGGGGAAGCUCCACAGACCCAACAGGCCCAGGAAAUGCUCAAUAAUAACAUUGAAUCUGAGAGACCAGGCCCCUCACACCAGCCCACCCCACACAGCAGUGAGAACAACUCCAAUUUGUCACGUGGCCACCUGAAUCGCUGUCGUGCUUGUCACAAUCUCCUGACCUUCAACAACGAUACCUUACGUUGGGAAAGAACCACACCUAACUACUCCUCUAGUGAGCCUAGCUCCUCCUGGCAGGUCCCCAGUACCUUUGAGGGCAUGCCAUCAAGUGGCAGCCAGUUGCCACCUCUUGAGCGGACUGAGAAUCGAACACCCACCUCCAGCAGGCUGGAGUUGAGCAGCUCUGCUAGUCCGCAGGAAGAGAGAACUGUGGGAGUGGCCUUUAACCAGGAGACGGGCCACUGGGAGAGAAUUUACACUCAGUCCAGCCGAUCUGGAACUUUCUCACAGGAGGCCUUACAUCAGGAUAUGCCUGACGAGAGCUCAGAGGAAGAUUCACUCAGGAGAUUAUCUCCUGCUGCAUACUACGCCCAGAGGAUGAUCCAGUAUCUCUCUCGGAGAGACAGUAUUCGCCAGCGCUCCAUGCGCUACCAACAGAACCGGCUCCGUUCUUCCACGUCCUCCUCUUCCUCAGACAACCAGGGUCCAUCAGUAGAGGGAACUGACUUGGAGUUUGAGGACUUUGAGGACAAUGGCGACCGAUCCAGGCACCGAGCUCCCCGCAAUGCCCGGAUGUCUGCACCUUCACUAGGACGUUUUGUCCCCAGGCGUUUCUUGCUGCCUGAGUACUUGCCUUAUGCUGGGAUUUUUCAUGAACGUGGACAGCCUGGCUUGGCUACUCACUCUUCUGUUAACAGGGUCCUGGCAGGGGCUGUGAUUGGUGAUGGACAGUCUGCGGUGGCCAGUAACAUUGCCAAUACUACCUACCGGCUCCAGUGGUGGGACUUCACUAAGUUUGACCUCCCAGAAAUCAGUAAUGCCUCCGUGAAUGUGCUGGUACAAAACUGCAAGAUCUACAAUGAUGCCAGCUGUGACAUUUCUGCAGACGGCCAGCUUCUGGCAGCUUUCAUCCCGAGCAGCCAAAGGGGCUUUCCUGACGAAGGCAUCCUGGCAGUCUACUCCCUGGCUCCUCAUAACCUGGGUGAAAUGCUCUACACCAAGCGAUUUGGUCCCAACGCCAUUUCCGUGAGCCUGUCCCCGAUGGGCCGAUAUGUAAUGGUGGGUUUGGCCUCAAGAAGAAUCCUGUUGCACCCCUCCACAGAGCACAUGGUGGCCCAGGUCUUCAGGCUGCAACAAGCUCAUGGUGGCGAGACCUCCAUGAGGAGAGUUUUCAACGUCCUCUACCCCAUGCCUGCUGACCAGCGGAGACAUGUCAGCAUCAACUCUGCCCGUUGGCUGCCGGAGCCGGGGCUUGGCCUUGCCUAUGGUACCAACAAAGGAGACCUAGUCAUAUGCCGACCAGAAGCCUUAAACACUGGGAUUGAGUACUACUGGGACCAGCUGAGUGAGUCUGUCUUCACUAUCCACUCCAACAGCCGGAGCAGCGAGCGGCCUGGAACCAGCAGAGCCACAUGGAGGACAGACAGAGACAUGGGUUUGAUGAAUGCCAUUGGGCUGCAGCCCCGGAACCCCACCACCUCAGUGACAUCUCAGGGCACCCAGACUCUGGCCCUUCAGUUGCAGAAUGCCGAGACACAGACCGAGAGGGAGGUACAGGACCUAGGGGCGGCAGCCUCAGGUCCGGGUGAAGGGGAGGGCUCAGAGUACGGUGCCGGUGGGGAAGACGCCCUCAGCAGGAUCCAGAGGCUGAUGGCGGAGGGGGGCAUGACUGCUGUGGUGCAGCGGGAGCAGAGCACCACCAUGGCCUCCAUGGGCGGCUUCGGCAACAACAUCAUCGUCAGCCACCGUAUCCACCGCAGUUCUCAGACGGGGGCUGAACCCGCUGCCACCCGCGCCACCUCGCCCCAGCCUUCCACCUCCAGGGGACUGCUUCCUGAGCCUGGGCAACUAACGGAACGAGGCUUGAGCCCCCGGACAGCUUCCUGGGACCAGCCUGGGACCCCUGGCCAGGAGCCACCCUCACCCACUCUGCCCCCUUCCUCCCCAGUCCCUAUCCCUGUCCCCCUUCCCAGCACUGAGGGACCAACCCUGCACUGCAACCUGACCAAUCACAGCCACCUUCCAGAUGGAGAUGGCAGCAGCAGGGCGGAUGCUGCUGGCCCCAGCGGGGAGCCUCGGAACAGGUAG